AGUUCCCCAGUCCAGUACUCCGCAACAUAUCGGGCACCUGACGAACUGCUGGAUUCCACCCGAACCGCACCCCGUGGAAGCGCCCUGACUCGAAGCCCCAGUCCCGACAGACAGACGGUCGGAAGCGACGAGUCACGUUUAGUCCCAGUCUCAGGGUUCGUGUGGAGUCGUCGCAUGGCCAGAAACAACUUUUAUAAAGACUUCAACCCCGGGGUACAAGAUCAUCAUUGUGCAGUCUACGGGACUAGGCAUACCUAGACAUUACUUCAGCCUUUUUGAAAAACUUAUUCGGCUACGAUGACGGGUUUUUCUCGCGCCAAGGAGGAUCGACCGACCCCUCCUGAGGUGUAUAAUUGGAGGGUGUAUGCUGCCUCACUCGUUAUAUCAAUGGGCGUACUCGCCUACGGAUAUGAUUCAGCUUUCAUUGGCACAACGAUCACGCAGAAGAGCUUCAAGCGUGACUUUGGACUUGCGAAGAUGAGCAAAAAGGAGCAAAAUGACGUGUCAAGUAAUUUGACUUCAAUUUAUUCCGCUGGUGGAUUCUUCGGCGCACUCUUCAUGUUCUUCUCGCUCGAGCUCCUAGGUCGUCGCAUGACUGUCAUUAUCUCGGAUGCUAUCUUCAUCUUCGGUGCAAUUCUAUGCACCGUUCCGACUCAUCAGCUUGGCCUCAUCUAUGCCGGACGUCUCCUCACGGGACUAGGAGUCGGUGGCAUCGCAGCCGUCUCUCCAAUUUACAUCGCCGAAAUCGCGCCACCUGCAAUUCGUGGACGUCUCACCGGAUUUUUCGAAUCCUUUUACCAGACUGGUGCCGUGAUUGGUUUUUGGAUCAACUAUGGCAUUGUCCACAACAUCGAUACCAACAAAACGAUCGCAUGGCGGAUUCCCAUGGCUGUACAGCUCAUUCCUGCUGCCUUAUUGGCUCUUAUGAUUCCCAUUCUGAAGGAAUCUCCAGUUUGGUUGCUUAAGCAGGGUCGCGACGACGACGCCUAUGCUGUUUACAGUUAUAUUCGCAACCUCCCGGCCGGGCAUCCCUAUAUCAUGGAAGACGUCGCCUUCGUAAAAACCCAAAUUGCCAAAGAGCGUGCCAUGGUCACCGGAACCCAAACUCCGUCUUUCACCGAGUUCAUCAAAGGUGCAGCGAAAGAAAGCAUGAUGAAAGGAAUGCGGAACCGGUUCCUCCUCGUCUUCAUCAUGUUCAUGUGGCAAGGCUGGUCGGGAGCCGCUGCCAUAAACUACUAUUCCCCAACCAUCUUCACCUCAAUCGGACUCACCGACGUCACCCUCUGGACCGGCAUCUACGGCGUCAUUAAAGCCGUCGGGUCCAUUAUAUUCUUCACCUGGUUCAUCGACGCCUUCGGCCGCAAAUGGCCAUGGAUAAUCUCAUCAUUGUGCUGCGCCUUCUGCCAAUAUUAUCUCGCUGCGUACAUUGCGAUCGGCAACCCGAAGCCCGGAGUCCCGCAAUCGUCCUCCACAAUUGCUGGCGGGAAAGCCGCAACCGCAUUCAUCAUGAUCUUCGGAGCAACGUGGUCCUUUGGCGCAAACGGGCUCCCCUGGAUCAUCUCCGCGGAAAUCUUUCCCUCAUCGCUGCGCUCGAUUUCGGGGCCGUGGGCCGGUAUGAGCGUCUGGCUUUGGACGUUUGUGGUAACGAAGGCGCUGCCGAGUAUGUACACGAGUAUGGGGUAUGGGGUUUAUGUGUUCUUCGCAACGUGUCUUGUAGGCGCGAGUAUUUAUGCGUACUUCUUUAUCCAUGAGACGAAAGGAUUGAGGAUGGAUCAGAUGGACCAUUUAUUUGGGUUUGAGAGGGAAGAAGUAGCAUUGGCGGGAGAUGUGAAGAUGGGAGAUGGGGAGAGUGAGCAUGAGAAGGAGGUCAAGGUGGAUGUUAGGAAGGAAGUUGCGUGAUUACAGAAGAG